AUGGACCCGUUGGAGCUGCUGGCUGAGCUGCUGAAUCUGCUGGUAGAGCUGCUGGUGGAGCUUGAGGCGCAAGCUGCUGAAGCUAAGGUACCGUUAUCAACAUCAAUGGUGCUCCCGAAACGGGACGAAGAGAACAAAGAAGAUCCAUUGAAAGAGUUGUUGGAACCUCGCAGCGAUAAGGUCACUCUUCGUUUUCAUCCUAUCGGGUCAGCGCCUGGCAUUAAUCCUAGCAUAUUCAAGAUAUCUGGCUCCCAGACAGUUGCCACCGUGCUGAGUUACCUUAUGAAAAGGCUACGACUAAAACACAUCCAUUUGUACGUGCUGAGCACGUUCCAGCCUAAUCCAGACGAAAAACUAGGCGAUUUGCAUGAUUUGUUCCUGAGUAACGGGGAAUUGGUAUUGGGCUAUUGUGAGACGAUAGCAUUCGGCUAA